UCAAUAUACAUUUGGAUCUAUAGAUCUAGGCUAGUGCAAUAUUAUGGAAACGUAACUAUCACAAACUUUCACAAGUGACUGUCCAUCGUGCUUAGAAUUAGAGUCUAGAUCUUUCUUUAUUUUAAUUUUUUCCAAUUUCCGUGACUCUUGAAUUUUGUGUACAGUGUGGCAAAAGAUCUAUGAAGAUGAGUGGCUCUGAGGAAGUCAUUGCGUCCAGUGAUACCCUGACUAAACCAUUGUUUAGAGAAAUAACAGCUGAAGACUAUGACCCUGAGAUCACCGAGAUGGAAAGUCUCUGCAUGAACUGUGAAAAACAGGGUAUGACUCGAAUCUUCCUCACCAAAAUUCCAUUCUUCAGAGAGGUGAUAGUGUCAUCAUUUGCUUGUGAUUACUGUGGGAAUAAGAAUGCUGAGCUCCAACCUGGUGGAACCAUUCAAGACAGGGGUGUGGCUUAUAAACUUAAUGUGAAAAAAACUAAGGACUUGAAUCGUCAAGUGGUAAAAACUGAGCAUGCUGUUGUUAAGAUUCCAAAGCUCGACUUUGAAAUUUCAGCAGGAAAAUCCUGUAUAACAACCAUUGAGGGUGUAAUCAACAAUGCAAUAGAAGGAUUAGAACAGCAACAAGAACAGCGUAAGAUGGAACAUCCAGAUGUAGCAUUGAGGAUAGAAGAGUUUGUCAAAAAAUUACAAGAGUUAAAAUUGGUUCAAGAACCUUUUCAAUUUAUCCUAGAUGAUCCUUCAGGAAAUAGCUUUUUGGAGAAUCCACAUGCACCUAACAAAGACCCAGAACUGGUUGUAGCACAUUAUGCUAGGACUAGGCAACAAGAUUUGGAACUGGGAAUUCCAGAGGAAACAGAAUCUGCUCCCAGCAAUCAAGUCAUAGGACAAGAUGAUGGAGAAGGUUUUAAUUCUCAGAAUGAGGUACUCAACUUCCAAACAAAUUGCCCACGGUGUGGUUCACCCUGUGAUACGCAUAUGAAGGUAGUCAAUAUUCCGCAUUUUAAAGAAGUUGUCAUCAUGGCUACAAACUGUGAUAAGUGCGGUCAUCGUGACAAUGAGGUCAAGAGUGCAGGUGGCAUAGAGGAACUGGGCCAGAGGAUGGAGCUGAUCAUCAACACCCAGGAGGACUUGUCUCGAGAUGUUUUGAAGAGUGAGCUGGCUACGCUGAGUAUACCUGAACUAGACUUUGAGAUGGAGAUGGGCACACUGGGUGGUAAAUUUACAACAAUUGAAGGCCUGCUAAUGGAUGUUAAAAAUCAGCUGAAAGAUUUAAAUCCAUUCCUCCAAGGGGACUCAACUGAAGCACAAGUGAAUGAGAAGUUGAAAAAUUUCUGUCAGAAUGUCGAAGAUAUUUUGUCCUGCAAACGUCAAGGCACCCGCUUUGUUCUUGAUGACCCAUCAGGAAACAGUUUCAUUCAGAGCCUGUGUGCUCCAGACCCUGACCCUCAGCUUAACAUAACAAGGUACACUCGAACCUGGGAACAAAACGAAGCUCUGGGCCUCAACGACAUGAAAACAGAAAAUUACGAAGAGCACUGACCCUGACAAGCUAUGAAAUCAAAUAAAACAACAGUUGUGAAAAUAUCAAAA